GUGCGCCCCCGCCCCUCCCCCCGCGGCGGGAGCACCUCCGCUCGCCACCUGGGGACCCGCGCCGCGCUCCCCGCCCCCGCCCGCCCGGCGCCCAUCCCCCGCGCCCUCCGCUCGCUGGGGUUAUAAUUGCCUCUCACCCCCCGGAGGGGUUAUUUUGGGGGUGGUUGGAGGCGGUGGCGGCGGCGGCGAGGAGGGGAAUUUCCUUGUGCCUCCAUUCCCGGGAGGGGGGAGCGGCGUUGGAGGCCACCGUUUCCAGAGUUUCACUCUGUCACCCAGGCUCGAGUGCAGUGGCGUGUUCUCGGCUCACUACAACCUCCGUCCUCUGGGCUCAAGCAGUCCUCGCAUCUCAGCCUCCCAAGGAGCUGGGACCUCAGCAUCAACAACAGCAACUUGUGAUUGGCGGUGACCGGAUAUUCAGUUGCACAUCCCCACAUCAAUGCACUGCCAAUGGGUUAUAUCCUGUGUUGUGACCUCAUGGUUUAAGUGGGAAUAAAGAUGAGUAUAAGCAGUGAUGAGGUCAACUUCUUGGUAUAUAGAUACUUGCAAGAGUCAGGAUUUUCUCAUUCAGCAUUUACCUUUGGUAUAGAAAGCCAUAUCAGUCAGUCCAAUAUAAAUGGUGCCCUCGUCCCACCCGCUGCAUUGAUUUCUAUCAUCCAGAAAGGUCUACAGUAUGUAGAAGCAGAAGUUAGUAUUAAUGAGGAUGGUACCUUGUUUGAUGGUCGACCAAUAGAGUCUCUGUCCCUGAUAGAUGCCGUAAUGCCUGAUGUAGUACAAACAAGACAACAAGCUUAUAGAGAUAAGCUUGCACAGCAACAGGCAGCAGCUGCUGCAGCUGCCGCAGCUGCAGCCAGCCAACAAGGAUCUGCAAAAAAUGGAGAAAACACAGCAAAUGGGGAGGAGAAUGGAGCACAUACUAUAGCAAAUAAUCAUACUGAUAUGAUGGAAGUGGAUGGGGAUGUUGAAAUCCCUCCUAAUAAAGCUGUUGUGUUGCGGGGCCAUGAAUCUGAAGUUUUUAUCUGUGCCUGGAACCCUGUUAGUGAUCUCCUAGCAUCAGGGUCUGGAGACUCAACAGCAAGAAUAUGGAAUCUUAGUGAGAACAGCACCAGUGGCUCUACACAGUUAGUACUUAGACAUUGUAUACGAGAAGGAGGGCAAGAUGUUCCAAGCAACAAGGAUGUCACAUCUCUAGAUUGGAAUAGUGAAGGUACACUUCUAGCAACUGGUUCCUAUGAUGGGUUUGCCAGAAUAUGGACUAAAGAUGGUAACCUUGCUAGCACCUUAGGGCAGCAUAAAGGCCCUAUAUUCGCAUUAAAAUGGAAUAAGAAAGGAAAUUUCAUCCUAAGUGCUGGAGUAGACAAGACUACAAUUAUUUGGGACGCACAUACUGGUGAAGCCAAGCAACAGUUUCCUUUUCAUUCAGCACCAGCAUUGGAUGUUGAUUGGCAGAGCAACAACACCUUUGCUUCUUGUAGUACAGAUAUGUGCAUUCAUGUCUGUAAAUUAGGACAAGACAGACCUAUUAAAACAUUCCAAGGACAUACGAAUGAAGUAAAUGCUAUCAAAUGGGACCCAACUGGCAAUCUCUUGGCCUCCUGUUCUGACGACAUGACUUUAAAGAUAUGGAGUAUGAAACAAGACAAUUGUGUCCAUGAUUUGCAAGCACAUAAUAAAGAAAUUUAUACUAUCAAAUGGAGUCCAACAGGACCAGGGACUAAUAAUCCAAAUGCCAACCUUAUGUUAGCAAGUGCAUCCUUUGAUUCUACUGUUAGGUUAUGGGAUGUAGACCGAGGGAUAUGCAUCCAUACCUUGACAAAACACCAAGAGCCUGUGUACAGUGUAGCUUUCAGUCCUGAUGGCAGGUAUCUGGCAAGUGGUUCUUUUGACAAAUGUGUACACAUCUGGAACACGCAGACAGGUGCUCUAGUUCACAGCUAUAGGGGAACAGGUGGAAUAUUUGAAGUUUGCUGGAAUGCAGCAGGAGACAAAGUUGGAGCCAGUGCAUCAGAUGGUUCAGUUUGUGUAUUAGACCUUCGGAAAUAGCGCUACUAGUUGGAAGCCAUGGACCGACUAUGAAUGUGUACAUAGCCAAAAUGACUGUCCCUGACCCAUGUACUGCUAUAGUCCCACUUGAACCAUGGCCAGUCCACUACAGCCAAAUCUAAAAGAAAUAUAUACAUACAGUGUAUAUAAACAAAAUUGCACCCUGAAGAUGACAGAGUUUUGUCACAGCUUGUGAAUUCUGUUCACCAAGUGCUGGAAUCUAAUCUGCUGUGCCCCUAAAAUAGCAUUUAGAAGUUUUGGAUAUGAAAAACAGAAGAGAGAAAAAUAUACAUUAUAAAAGCAGAACAUACAUGUACCAGUUUUUGGAUACUAAAUGACAGCCUUGUUUCUCCCCUUUGAAUCAGCAGACACCAUGGAUUAUAUUCUUUUUUUCCCUUCAGUAGUGAGCAGUUUGUAUGUACAGAGAAAAUGGACUUACAAAAACUUGCAGCAGUAGUUUGUUCUUGCUUUUAAAAUUUCGUUUUUGGUUUAGAUUAUGGAUGCAUGAAGUAAGGGAGUGAAUCAGUUUCUUGUUUAUAUUUUUUUCACCUUUUAAACAAAAAAUUCUUUAAAAUAUUUUAAUGCAUUCUUUUGAAGAGGUAGAUGUUUGGUACAUUUUAUGGCUCCCAGAGCAUAUAUUCAGUUGGUGCAUGUUAUGGAAGGGGGAAUUGGAAAUUAAAUGAAAACCUAUGACUUUGGUCAUGUCAAUCUGUAAGACACAUCAGUAAAAGGGUAUUAUGCUCUGUUGGUUUUGUUUUUUUUGUUUUGCUUUUUUUUUUUUUUUUUCUUUUUUGUUUUUUGGUGAUGUGGCUUAAAUGCAAUAGUUUCUUUUUUGGGACAUAUUUCUGCCAAUUAAAGACUAGAAGGGCACAAAUUUUUUUUUAAUUACCAUAGAGAAGAUACAUUAAAAAAAAAAAUCUUCUGAUGUUUUGUAGCCAUAACUAAAUUAUGGUAAAAAUGUGCACUAUUGUGAAAAGGAGCAACGUAGUUUUGGGUUUUUUGUUGUUUGUUUGUUUUGCUUUGUUUUUUAAGAGAUUAAAAUGUUUCUGGAUAAGGAUUAGCUUCUCGAAGUGUCCAUCAUUCUGUGUAGAAGCUUAAAUAUGUAAUGUAACCAAACUCCAGUAUUAAAAAUCUCUCAUGUUGUUUUCUUUAUACAAAGCAAGAUAACGGCAUAUAACACUGCCAUUACAUGGCAAAAUGUUUGCUACCUUAGUUUAAAAAACAAUCUCAAACAAAAGACUUGCUUCAAGGUGUUUUUAAAUAGCAGUGAUUCAGAAUUUUUUUUAUGAAAGUAUAAUUGCACUAACCUUCUUCCUGCUGCUCUGAUUCUGCAUUUGUGGUACUUGUGACUACGUUUUUUCAAAUAUAGAUAGAUUUAAGCUGCUAAUUUUUUUUUCAGUAAUCACUACUAUAUCAUGUCUUUUACUCUGUUUAUAAUAUCAAGUAUUUUCUUAAAGAUAUAGAUAUUAAACCUUGUGCUCAUGCAACUUAGAGUAACAUAUACAGACAAAUGAUUGCAUGAGGCCAUGUUUAUAUGUGUGACUAAUAAGGCUUGUCAUGAUUAACAUAAUCCAGGUAUGUCAUUUCUGAAGAGAAUAGUCAUCAAAUUUAUAUCUCGAAGAUUUUAAUUAAGGAAUUGCUUAUUGUUGAGCUUAGCAAAUUAAUAACACUAUUUCUGUCACUAAUUAUUUUGAGGCCUUUUAGUACUAAAAUUUUAACCUGUGUUCUAAGUAGAAACUGAUUUAACCCAAGUAAUGCAGCUUUGAUUUUCAGCAUUCGUUGCUUUGCUAUUUUUACAAAACAGCAUUGAUUGAAGCAAGUCUUGGUUUUACUAAGGUAGGGUAGCAUUUGCUAUUGGUAAAGAGAAUAAAUACACUUAAUUUCACAAUACAUUGUUAUAUGUACCCCAGUUGUUGUUAGUGGGGACUAUGAUACUGUAAUAAUAUUUUUAAAAAUUUACAUCAAGAGAGGCAGUCAUUCACGAUGGUUUUGUGCCAGCUCUUUUUAGGGUUUUGGAUCACAUUAGAGAUAUUUAGAACAUAUUACCCUGUGACUUACGUAGGAAACCUAAUAUGCUGAGUAUCUGGCACUUGAAUUCCUGCUUUUAUUGCUGGAGGUCCACAUCUGUGGUUGACCUCUGUUAUUGUUUAAAAAAAAUAAAUAAAAAUUAAAAAAAUCUGUGCAAUAAUCUUAAAAUGUGCUCCCAGGAAUAGACACAAAUGUUUUGAGUAUCUUUUAAGCUGCAUUUUCCUUUAGUGAUGCAUUUGUCAAUUGCACUGAAUUUAAAUCUGAAAGUCAGAGGUGAUUAUUGAUAGUACUUUUGUAUUUUGAUAUGGACAGUUUAUUCAUUUGCAUACAGUUAUUGACUUUUUCCCAGCUGAUUAAAAGAUAGUCAAGAAAUUCUGCAAUAUAGCUGCUAAAAUAGACAGCUACAUUUUUAUGAUAUUGUCAUCUUUUCUGUUUUUUUUCUUUUUUUUUCUUUAGCUAUUUUACUUAAGCAUAAUAGCCACAAUAGGACAUAUAAAAGAUUAUAAAUACAGAGCUUUAUUAUCCUGACGUCUUGGGUCUUUUAAGUAUAUACUUUUCUGAAAGGUAUCCAUUUUGUAGGCUUGGGUUCUUCAUGAGCAUACGAUUGUUUAUUUUUGCUGCUGUUCUCAACAUCAUCAUUGCCUGCUGAUGUGCCACGAUGCUGCUCCAAUAGACAGAAAUAAGAUUGUCUCUAAUUUGAGCAGUAACAUGAUUGCAAGAGACCAAGUUUCACAGCUUGUAAAGUUCUGUAUUUGGGAUUCUUGCUUAUUUUUCCGCCUGUGUUUUUCUGAGAACUUAUUCCUGAUGAUCAAUUGAAUCCAGUAGUUUUUCUAUGCUAUUUGUUGUUGUAUAAGCUACUGUAAGAAACUUAUCAUAAGGAAAAAUAGAAAGGAAAACUUGAAUCAAUACUCAUUGAUUAAAAUGGAAUAAAGAAAGAGCAGCUGCCACUUUUAAACAACAUAAAGGAAUAUCUUGUUUUGUCUCCGUGUAGGAAAUCCCAUAAGUUCUUAUAUUCGUUCCAAUUCCCAUUUCCUGCCAUUGACCAGAUAACAUCAUUGACUUUCAAAUGACUUUUAGAAGUGGUAACUCUUAAUUUCCUAAUAGAUACUAGAUUGUAUUGAAUUCUGUUUUAAUUAUUCUCUAGGUAAGUAUGUUUUAGGAUUAAAUACCUUUUACAGAUACUGAAAGUGCCUCCUUUUGUGGUGUAAAAAAACAAAUUAUGGUGCAAAAAGUAAUCACUAGAUUGAAUUACAUGAAGGUUUUUUGCUUUUUGACAUACGAAAAUGUCAAGAGAAAGGCCAAAGAUUUGUACUUUUUCACUUACAAAGCACUCCUUUUUCCCUUAAACUUCUUUCUGUCAAAUUAGAUUUAAUGAGAGAGUACUAUUUUUAAGGAGCUAUCUGUUUAUGUAGAAUGAUUUUGUUAAGAGUAAUGUAAACUAUUAUUGAGUAGAGGCCUAAAGAGGACUGUGCAUUUUUGCUAUUUAAAGGAAUCACAAAUGAUCAUACUUAAGUGAGCAAAAAUGACAAGUUUUACUAGCUAAGUAGAGAAAUAAAUCUCAAAUGCAGCGCUACAAUUUUCAUUAUCUUAAGCACAAUGUACAUUUCUACAGAACCUGUGAUUAUUCUCGCAUGAUAAGGAUGGUACUUGCAUAUGGUGAAUUACUACUGUUGACAGUUUCCGCAGAAAUCCUAUUUCAGUGGACCAACAUUGUGGCAUGGCAGCAAAUGCCAACAUUUUGUGGAAUAGCAGCAAAUCUACAAGAGACCCUGGUUGGUUUUUCGUUUUGUUUUCUUUGUUUUUUCCCCCUUCUCCUGAAUCAGCAGGGAUGGAAGGAGGGUAGGGAAGUUACGAAUUACUCCUUCCAGUAGUAGCUCUGAAGUGUCACAUUUAAUAUCAGUUUUUUUUAAACAUGAUUCUAGUUAAAUGUAGAAGAGAGAAAAAAGAGGAAGUGUUCACUUUUUUAAUACACUGAUUUAGAAAUUUGAUGUCUUAUAUCAGUAGUUCUGAGGUAUUGAUAGCUUUCUUUAUUUCUGCCUUUACGUUGACAGUGUUGAAGCAGGGUGAAUAACUAGGGCAUAUAUAUAUUUUUUUUUUUGUAAGCUGUUUCAUGAUGUUUUCUUUGGAAUUUCCGGAUAAGUUCAGGAAAACAUUCUGCAUGUUGUAUCUAGUCUGAUGUACUUAUCCAUCUCAUUACAAACAAAAACACACAGACUGCAUUUGUAGCUCUGUAAUCCUUGAAUACGGAAGUAAAUUUUCUUCUUUCCUGACUUUGACAUUGUAGCUAUACUGUUUCCAUUUUUAUUUUUACAAAUCCUUUGGGUCUAAUUCUGUGAGCCUACCUAUAGCACUGGAUUAAAAUGUCUGCAUCAUUUCUUUAGUUAUCCAGUUAACUUUAAAACUGUUGUAAAAGUGUAAACCAGCCCAUGACAGGUUUUUGUACAUGUUAAAGAACUUCAUUGUUCAGUUUUCAUGAUUAUUGUAUAAGGAAGACUGAUAUAGAUGUUCUAUGCUGUCCUGGACCAUGUUAAUUACACUUACGAUGUAUUUUGGUUCCACAUCACAAUGAUUUGUCCCCAGUGACCCUUUUAUCCUUUCUAGGCACAUUUUUUUUUGUUGUUGUUGUUGCAGUUCCCCUUUGCAUUGUAUUGCUUUGACAACUGUAAUUUGAAUCAGAUCUGAAAGAGGUCCAGAAUAAAAUAUAUUUUGAUAUUA